AAGAAAAACCGAGCAGUUUGCCUGCGUAAAUAAAUAUCAGUUGAUCGAUAAAAAAAUAAAUAAAUAAAAUUAAAAAAAAGUACAAAUAAGAAAUCAAUUGAUAAAGGGUGAGAUAGAAAAUGGCGAACUGCAAAAUGGUAAUGAGUAAGAUACCAAUUGGAAAGGGGAUACAAAGAGUUUUUGUUCAGCCAAUAAUAUGUUUUAGAGGAAUUUCUUUUUUGAAUCAAAGUAGAGUAAACAAUAUACAUAUUGGAUAUAAUGGAUACAACAGAUAUGUUAGAAUUAAUGGGCAUAGCAGACAUUCCAAUUUAAGAUUUUAUUCAAAUAAUCCUGAAGAAACCCCAGGUGAGAAUAGUUGUAUUAGUAAAACCUACGAGGCAAAAAAUUAUAAGUUUGAAGAUAUAAAAAAGGUGAUUGAAGGUAUGGAUGAAAGUGCAAGUUCAGCAGUUUUGAUUGAUGUAAGGGAGCCAGAGGAAUAUAACUCAGGACAUAUACCUAAGUCGAUUAACCUUCCUUUGAAGACAACACCAGGAGCAUUAGAUUUGGAUGAAGAAAAGUUUGAAGAAAUAUUUGGGUUUGAAAAGCCAGGAAUUGAUAGAGAGUUGAUUUUUUAUUGUCAUGCAGGAGUAAGAUCAACAACAGCUGAGGAACUUGCAGGCACAUUUGGAUACAAAAAAAGAGGAAAUUAUAUUGGAUCAUUUCAAGAUUGGGUUGAAAAAAAAGGAGAGAUUGAGAAUUAAUUUUGGUUUUAGUUUUAGUUUUAAUUUUGAUAUUAAUUUUAAUUAAUUCUGAUUAACUAAAAUAUUGAUUUGCUUUACAAAAGUCAUAUUUAGUGUCAAGUAUAUAUAUAUAUUAACACAGCAUUAUUUAUUUUAUCAAGAAACAAUAGAGUAGGAACCUGAUUGAAACACCAUAUAAAUUUGUGAGAUUUUUCAACAAUUUAAAAUUGAAUAAUAAAAUGUACAAUAUUAAUGAUAUUAAUGAUAUAUAUUAAUCUUUUGAUGAAAUUGUUUUAUCUGUGUCAAAGUUAUAUCCUGUUUCAGAAAAAUAGUCAAGUUGCAAAAGCACCCACAAUAAAGUUUUGGAAUUGGGAGUUGAAUUUAUCAUAGCAUUGAAGUAGAAAGAACACAGCAAACAAAUUGUCAAAACCUACAGAUAAUGUUAGAGGAAAAGAAUAGCUGUGGAUCAGAAACAGCUCGCCAAAAGACCAGACCAGGUCCGUACCAGGUC